UUGCUCAACGCAGAUUAAAAUGUUACAUGAUUAAGAUUGAAACCGUUUAGUUGACAGCGGGUUCGAUCUGCUACUGCGGGUCGUCGAGAGUCGUCGUGUAGUGUAUUGAUUUGCUGGCAAAUUGCUGGACGACAAAGUGCUGGAGAAAAAGUGACCAACUGCAGCUAAAAUAUCGUAGAAGCGGCGGUUUUACUUAAUAAUUUAUUGAUCGAACGUAAGGAAUCAGGUCGUCGGCAACACCUGUGUGCAGAAAUGUCUAGUCAGAUUCCACCACUGGUUUGUCAUACACCUCCCCCGAUUGAUUUCGACGACGCAGAUGACGAUGCCGAUGAUUACGGACCGGAGGACAUUCCAGAUGAUGACGGAAUUGAUGUCGAUGACAACAGUCGGGCGGAUUGUUUGGAGGAUGAUUUUGGAGACUUCGCAACGGUACCACCAAUGAUGACCCCGAAACUGAUUCCUGGCGAACCUGUGAUAGAGAAGGAAACGGAAGAAGUCACAAGUAUCCCGGGAUUAGCAGAAACUAAAGGCACAUUUGUGCCACGAGUUGGAAAUGAUAGCCCUCCUUCGUUGAUAUUACCGACAGCGAACGUUGAUUUCGAUGAAGAUGACGAAGAAGCGGUAAGCGGGACGGUAGACGAGGAGGAUUACGAUUUUCAACCCUUCGGUUGCCCAUCACAACCGCCUGAACCACCACCACCGGAGGACAGUGUCAGCCUACCAUCGUUGCACUUCGAUGCAGACACGUCGAAGUCAGAAGAUGACGAUCACGUCCCUACCCACCCGAACCCGAGCUCAGCUACCGGGUCGGGGAUUGAGACGGAGGUUGAUCUACCAGCGGUGGCCGUCCCGACGACAGCCGAGCGAACUACACCCGUAAUUCAGGAGGGUGGUCGAUUUGACGAUAACACGGAAAACGACUUUACCGAUUUUACCACCGCCUCAAACGAACGAUCCUCCGUCGUGCUGGAAAUACCAACGGCAAACGAUGUCUCGUUCGAGCUGGAUGACUACGCUCAACUGGAAUCGACACCGUCGGCGGACAGCAACUUUGUCUCGCAGCAAAGCCGUACCGAUUUUGCGACAUUCGAUGCUGAUUUUAGUAAAUUUGACUCAUUCCAAGCAUCUUUUCCGGCGACAGUCGAUGAUCCGGUUGUGGUAAAAACUCCACUAGAAGAAGCCAAGUCGAUGCCGAAUGUCGAACAGCAAGCGUCAGGAAAGAAUCAAUCCUCCGAGCAAGGCUUGCCAGAAGAUGACUUUGACGAUUUCCAAGAGUUUGCCACUUUCUCGGAACAACCUGUCGCGUCCAAGUCUGCAAACAUAUCGCUGGCACCACCGACGACAUCAUUCCAAGUAGAAUCGACUAAGGACGCGUGUUCAGAAGUUGCUGUUAAAAGUGAAAUGUUUAACUCUGCCCAUGCAAAGCCCAUUAACGAUCCACCCGCGGAUGAAGACGACGAUGAUUUCGGAGAGUUUAGCGAUUUCAAGCAGUCGGCCUUUAGCAACCCGCCGAUCGCUUCGGUACCUUCAUUUUCACUGGAAAAUGUACACAGUCUGCUCGAAACGAUGUUUCCCAGCAUCAAUCCGGAACCGUUCAGUUCAGAUACGGGUCAGCUAUCGGCGGUGGGACAUAGCAUUCCUCACAACUCGCUACAUUCCCAGCUGCAAGACUUUGACAAUACAAGUGCGCUGACCUAUCAGUACAGCAAGUCUACGAGCAGCAAGGCGCUCGUUACCGCACUUGGAAUCGAUUCGCGAAAUAUUAUGUACGGGCCUAAAUGGAAUAGCUCAAUGCCACGAUUUGCAGCAAACCUUAGCUUUAACCCUCUGGAACCGUUGAAACCGGAUGCCAUGGCGUCCAAAGAUUCCGGUUCAGCCGCCAACGAGAAACAUGCCAACGCGUCGACUAUUGCGUCAAAGGUUGUGGGCCCGAUGGUCGCUGGUCUCGAUCCACUUCAACCGACAAUUGCACCAAGCUCAUCGUCGGUUCCGGCCGUGCAGUUCGAUUGGAAUAGCUCGGGGUUGGUGAAUCCACUUGAAGCAUCACAUGCACACACUUUAUUAUUGGACCUAGAACAGCUAGAGGUGAUGGCAAGUCUGAACGAUAAAAUAAAUGUUGAUUCCUCCUCCUACCCCCCUGCACUCCGGUCCACGUCUUACGUUGCUAACACUGUGCAACUACCGCAAUGUUCGCCAACAACUCCGGCGGCAACAACAUCAACAACUAUAACAACACCUCUAUUGUUAUCACCAACCUUACCACGAACUUCACCACCAUCACCACCACCACCACUACCACCACAACCACAACAACCACCUAUACAACCGUCUACUGCACCAACAACCCUGUUGUUGGCAUCAACAAACCAUACGCAAACUUACCGCCCGAACCAACAACAUGGCACCGGUGGUAAUAAUGUUCGACAAUCGCAAACGAAAAUCGACGCAAAUUGCUCCAUUACUGCUGGCACGGAUGUUAACCCUCUUCGCGCACCGUUGGAUUGUACUAUCGCUUUGCUUUCCUUUGCCGACGAUCGCGAUUUACUGAUCUCCACCUCCACCACAACGCCAACUACGCCGAUUGAAUUUGAAUUUACACCGACGGAUAACAUAAUUACACACACUUCGACGCCACUCCUCAUGCCACCGCCGGUGGGCAUGAUGGUGAUCGGCAACACUUGCCCAUUGCUCUCCGGCACUGACCGGAUCACCGAUCGGCAACUGGUCGGCGGUUUCGAACUGAUGGCACCCGGUGCAAUGCACCACCGCCCGGAACCCACCACUACUACUUCCGCUUCCGUUCGUGCGCAAUCGUUUGACGAUUAUUUGGAUCUUAGUGUCCAAGAAAUGCUCCAAAAAGCCACCACUGGUCAGCCCGCGGAUGGGCCAAAGGGCGAAAUUUUGGAUCCGGAAAUCCCAGAAGACACAGGCGCGACUGCUGCAGAUGACAUAGCAGUAAUGGCUGCGGUGCCAGCGUCAGCGGUGCCGCCACCGUCGUCACACCUAGAGGAUGACGAUGACGUUCGUUCGUUAGAUUUCACCGCCAACGUCGCCACCGCAGCAGCCGCCAUCGCCACCGCUGGUAGUAGUAAUGUUCAGCAUGCUACCACCCUGCCACACGCGAAUCAAGAGCCAGGGCCCGUUCAGCAUUAUCCCUCCCCACCACCACAGCAGCAACCUAUGUCAAUUUCCACUUCUCCCAACAACGUACCGCUGGUGCGUACCAUCAAGCUGCAGGAAACACACAUUUUUACGCCCAGCCGGGGCGGUACGCCGGUGUCGCGUGAUAUUACCGAUCGUGAUAUUGUUGUGCGCGAGUAUCAUGAUGUCGAGUACAGUCUGGACAAACCGUCAGCAACAACAGCUGCCGGAAUCAGGAAGGAACCCGACUUUGAUGAGUUCAACGACUUCCAAUCGGUGCCCGUUAACGUACCGCCUUCAGCCAUUCCCGGACCAAUGGCAGCGUCUUACGCACGGCCGGUGAUUGGACACUCCCCAACGGAGGAACUGGAGGACCGAUCCGUCACUGCUCCCAACGGAGGGAAACGAAAUGGUGCAGAAGAUCCGAUCGCUAGUGAGGAUGACGAUUUUACCGAAUUUCAAGCGGCCACCAUACCACCACCAGCGCCCAUACCCACUGGUAGCGCUUCGCAGCCAGUUAACAAGUCCGUUUCGAACGUGCAACAGCACAAUCGUUCGAACACUAGCUCGCCGGUGAUGCUGCUUAGUCCGGCGAUACUGUUGCCACAGCAGGCUUCCACACCGGCGAGUGGCAAAGAUGCGCAGCAUUCACGCAGUGGCCCCCAGUCGAUGUCCCAGAUCAACUGGCCCGAGCCGGGAAUCGAUCCCGAUGAGCUGGCCCGGUUUGAAGCAGCCUUUGCCAAACCUGCAUCAUCGAAAGCACCGGCAACGAGGGCCGUCCCAGCGGCGGGGGUUCCGAAAGCAGAUAGCAACCAAAGCGUAGCAACGAGCUCGAAGCCAAUUUCGUCGACUGAAGAGGACGAAUGGACGGAUUUCAUCUCGUCCAAGCCGAUGCAAACUUCCGUCCCUCCGAAAGCAUCAGCUACUACGAAUCAGCAGAAGGCACCAGACACAUCGUCGGCAACCCCGUCGUCCAGUGUAGCGCAAGAGGAAUGGACUGACUUCAUUUCGAGUACGCCAACGACGGCCGGUUUUACAUCACACAAUCGUCUUUCGUCUAGUCAAAACAACUUCAACUAUUCUCGACCACCCGCCGGAGGAGCCGGUGGAGUGAAGGCGGCGUUCAACAGCUGGAACCAACCGCAGCUACCGCCGCCCCAGUUCAGCUCCUGGAACAGUAACAGUCUGUAUUAUAAUCCGAUGUCUUCACUUGCUGCGGCAACAGGCCAGCAGCAAUCUUUGCCGUACCACCAGCAGUACGCGGGGCUACCACCACAGCAACAGUUCUAUGGCCGACCAGACAACAACAACGCUGGCGGUGCAUCGCGAGUGCCAACGCAUCCCGCACACCACCAUCACCACGCGUACCACCAACAUCACCAGGCGGGCAUCGGUGGGCUACCACAGCAGCCACAGAUGCAUUUGCUACCGGAACUGUCCUUCAUCACACCGAACGCAGCGGCGGGUCCAACGGGUACGGCCGGGGCCAAACCAGCCACACAUUCCUUUCUCAGCAACGUGAUAUCGAGCAACAGUUUUACGAAGAAAUGAUUGUUACUUCACCACGGUUACGAUCGGAGCCGACGUCGUGACGUGGAACGUGAACGAGGCAGAACGAUCGAUACCGACGACGCCGACGACGACGACCGCAACGGCGCCCAACGGCGACCUAGUCGGCGCUUUUGUCUGCCCACGACUGCCAAAGUUGACGCCUGCAGCAGCACCAGCACGGUAACCGUUGGAGAUAUAAUUAUGUAAAUAACCAUACCCCGAUUCCACUGUCCCCCCGGACGCCAUGUCCUAUGCGUGUAGCAGUUCUGUGUCCUGCCUAGCAAAUCCCAUUUGCUGGAUUGUUCUUUUUUUUACACGUUUAGCUAGUGAGAAAAUAUUUAUCGAAACCUCCAACUCCUUUGUCAUUCUCUCAAAGGUGUUGGAUUGUGGAUAGUCGUGAAGGUAAUUGAAUUUUGAGAGCCGUGGCAAGUGUUGCCGGUAUUAGCCAAAAAUCGAAAACAAAAAUCAAACAUACACUUCUUUACCGUCUCUAAAACAGAAAACCGCUUUCUUCGAGCGCAUAGUGUGACUAUUUUCUCUAGAUGCUUUUCUUUUACUCUUUUUCUCUUAAAUUUUCCUUUCCGGAAAAUUUGAAGUUGACUUGUCCAGCAAACAAGAUUGGAUAUCAUCCCCAUUUAACCCGGCAUCUUCGUACUUAAUUAGGCGUUGACUAAAGAUGAAUUUUGUUAGGACCAAUGUUAGUUUGUAGGUUUUAUUUAUCUAUUACAAUUUUGUACUUAAAACAAAGGCUUACCCCCUUACCCUCACGAACGAAACCGCAGGCUGGACUAGCGAUUUGGAUGUCCUAUACUUUCUACUUGUGACCGGCUAAACCGGGCAGUAUGAAAUGCUACGCAAUGUGUUAUACAUAUUUUCUCGAUCUGAUUGUUACUGCAGCAAGCAAAACGCAAAGAAGAAAAGAUGGUAUUUUGUGGUCAGCGCGGAAGAGGGUUGAGGGCAGCAAAUGUAGCGAGGAUAUGGUGGAAUAAGGAUAAAAAGAAAUAUAGAAAAGCUGAACAUUUUGAAAACCAGGCGUUUCGAAUGUUGCGCAGUACUUACCACAUUUUAACGAAACGAA